AUGGUACAUGGCUUAUGGAAUCCCAGGCCUGCAAUAUAUGCAGCGGCAUUAAUUAUAUCCAUAUACCCGAUCGGAAGUGUCAUUCUGGAUAUCAGCCAGCAAGAUUUUCCGCCUUAUAUAGAUAUUUUUGUAGGAAGCUUUUGGAAUGGUGGUAUUUAUAGAAUGUUUCACUCACACGGCCCCCUAAUCACUCUCGUAAAAUGCGGUGAUGAGAUUAUGUUCGACUCAUCAUAUCAACCAGCGCUAUCCUUGGAUGUUUACGUUCAGGAUUAUAGGCGUCAAGGUCGUCAUAUAAUUUCAGUUAGUCGUUUCAACAAAGUAGGUUUUAAGUUGCUUAAAACAACUUUUUAUGAAAAGAAACAAGACAAGUGCACUGUUAUUACGCGAGGAGUAAAGGAUGCAUUUGUAGGAAGCCAUAUAGCAUUACCUCUGGCUCUCGAUGCAUAUAAGUUACAUCCAUACAUUAUAGAAGAUAGUAGCGCAGCCGAGAAUGAGGUGCAGUACAGGGUUCCAACUUAUUAUAGCAGCCGAGGGUCACUUCCAGUAAUCAAUAUGAGGUCCGCUAAAGAUGUAUUUAUAAUAUCACCUAUUCUCAACAUAUAUAACACUGCUCGUGACCCUAACAGUCCUUCACCGUCGAUACAUUGCUAUGCCCAUAAAGUCGAUGUUGCACUGGAUCGAGCGCGUACAACUAUAUGGAUCAAAAGGGGGCGCUUCGUCGACAAGCACGUGCUAAAUAUGCCUCCCCUUAACGAGAAUAUAUUCAGACCAAGUAAUAUAUUAAAUUGCGGUUACGAUUUGGUACUACCUCUAAUGAGUGCUGGCGUUUCAAAUCCCAUCACGGUCAACAUCGACAUUUCUAGCACAGAUAUAAUUAUACCAGAAAUUAUAAUUCUAGAUAACCUUAGAAGGGGUGAUUGGCUCUACAGGCAGUACAGUGUUAUGCCCGCAAUGGAGCAAAAUUAUAUAUAUAUUGGGAUUAUUGAUUCCAUGAAGGGCUGCGAGAUAUACAAAGAGACUAACGACACAUUUGUGACGCACGUUGAGGUGUUCUUCCAUGUCGAUAUUGGCACUCAGUAUGUCGUAAUAAAUAUUAAUAGACGUAGGGACUCAGAUUAUGGUAAUAACAAACGGCUUUAUAGAAGCUUCAACAUGGAACAAAGAACACAGUACGUUGAUCUAACUGAUUUCUGGGUAGAUCCGUAUCUAGAAAUGUUAUAUAAUAUCCCACUAGGCCCUGGUGUUGAUAAACAGGAUGCCCAUGACAUAAUGAUGCAUCAACUUUUACUGUGA